GACAAUCUGCGUCAGUGUCAAUCUGUCAAAAAAUAUUGUUUAAUUUUGGAAAAUAAUAAAAAAAUAUACAUAAUUAAUUGAAUAAAUAGUAACCAGAACCUACUUAGAAGUGGAGUUAAUAAAAGUACGCAUAUACUUAAACGGACAUGCUGUAGUGCAUUUAACAAGCAACAAUGGGUAAUGCAGGCUUGAAACAACACUAUGAAACUGCUUCUAAAACAGGUGUUUUACAAAUAUCUGACCACAAACUCAAAGACAUUCCACCAGAAGUUAUAAGUCUAAGUGAGAAACUCAGAAAUCUAGAUCUAUCUAAGAAUAGACUGUCUUCUUUGCCAGAGGAAUUAAGCAAGUUUAAACUAUUGAAGCAACUGAAUUUGGAAAGCAACAAAUUAGAAAUGGUACCAGAUUAUGUUGCCAAUCUGCAAAAGUUGGAGCUGUUAAACGUCUCUAAUAAUUCCAUCCAAUCAUUGCCACAUACAUUCUGUAAAUUAUGCAAUUUGAAACAAAUUUAUUUGAAUAACAAUAAAUUCAAACGGUUUCCAGUGCAAUUGCUGGGUAUUUCUAAUUUAGAGGUAGUGGACCUCUCUCACAAUAAAAUCACUGAAGUACCAACGGGCAUGUCAAACUUCUUUGCAGCAGAGUUAAAUUUAAGUCAAAAUGAGAUUUCCGCAUUAAGUGAAGAUUUACAUCUAGCUCCAAGAUUGAAAAUAUUAAGAUUAGAAGAAAACUGCUUGAGUCUUGAGGCUAUAAACCCAAGUUUGCUUAGAGAUUCAAAAAUACACACAAUGAAUUUGGAUGGUAACUUAUUUGAAGUGAAGCAGUUGGCUUCUGUUGAAGGAUACAAUGAAUACACUGAAAGAUACACCGCUAUGAAGAAAAAAAUGUUUUGAUGUUUGAAUGUAUUUAUCACAUCUUAACUUUAUACCAAAUAUCACUAGUUACUUUAAACUAUAAUAUUUUUAUAUAAACAUGUACACACCACAAUUAUGUUAAUUUAUUUUCACUUUAUUGAAUUUAUUGCUUUUUACUAUUAC